UUGAACUGCUUUUAUUGAAAACCCAUUUAUUGACCAUAUAGCUGUGGUUCAGUUUCAAGUCUCUUAACUCAGUCUGUUUAUCUAUUUGUCACUCCUGAUGCCUUGUCUAUAAUAGCUUAUAGUAAGCCUUAAAGUCAGAUAAUACAAGUCCUUGUUCUUUUUUACACAUUGCAAUAAAUUUUGAAAUAGGUAAUCACUCAUAAAACCAUCACACACAUCAGGAUAUGCUGUCCCUUCAUCCGUUUCUGAUAUGGUUUGGCCGUGCCCUCACCCAAAUCUCAACUUGAAUUGUACCUCCCACAAUUCCCAUGUGUUGUGGGAGGGACCUAGGAGAAGGUCAUUGAAUCAUAGGGGUGGGUCUUUCCUGUGCUAUUCUCCUGAUAGUGAAUAAGUCUCACUAUCUGAUGGGUUUAUGAGGGAUUUCUGCUUUUGCUUCUUCCUCAUUUUCUCUUGCUGCUGCCAUGUAAGAAGUGCCUUUUACCUCCCGCCAUGAUUCUGAGGCCUCCCCAGUCAUACAGAAAUGUAAGUCCAAUUAAACCUCUUUUUCGUCCCGAACUCUGUUAUGUAUUUGGCAGCAGUGUGAAAAUGGACUAAUACACUCUCAUUUCUGAGUGGGACACAUCCUCUCACUCACAUAUGCUGGUUGCUGACUUGUGACUGAAGAUUCCCUAUUGUACCCUCUAGGGACAAUACAUCUCCAGUUGUCUGUGGGGAGGAUGAACAUGCAAAAAAUCCACACCACUCAGUACAGAGUCUCGAUUUAGUCCCAUUAGUCUGAAUGGGACUAAUGCCCUUAUAAAUGGACCCCGGGGAGCUCUCUCACCCUCUUUCUACCCCCUGAGGGUACAAUGAGAAGGUGGCAGUCUACAACCAGGACAAAAGGCCCUCACCAUAACCCUACCAUGUCAGCACCUUGAUCUCGGACUUCCAACCUCCAGAACUGUGAGAAAUCAAUUUCUGUUGGGAAUCAGCCACCCAGUUGAUGGUACAGUGUUACAGAAGCCCAACUAAGACAGAGAUGAAGUCCCAUGGAGGGUCUCUAAUUUGCUAAGCUGGUCAUCAGGCAUGAUGUUCCCAGUUAGAAACAGGAAGAGCUGACAUUUUGUGUAUAUGAAAGAAGACAGUGGACAGGCCCAUUGUGUCGGCUUUGUCUGCCUUGGCAAACUGGAGAGGGAAACUCCAUUCACCAUCGCCAACCACGGGAGGACCAGGAGGAACUCCAGAGGAGGUUAGGUCGACUUCAUGGUAACUUUAGAUCCUGAAACCUCCCAGGAUUUUUCUUGUCUUCCCUUUGCUCUCUCUUCUGCCUACCCAACAGGACAGGACUCGCCGCCUUUCUUUCCCGGCAGAAAGGGGUCCGUUGUGGACAGGACCAAAGUGAGCAGCCGGUUUCCCCUACGUGUCCUUCCGGGACUCGGCGUCUGGGGAGCUCAGGCUGACCCGAGACCUAACUCCCGGCGAGUGGGACCAGCAGGAGCCUGGAAGAGCGCGCGCACCGGGGUGGAGGUUGGGCGCCGGGGGGCGAGAACCGCAGUCAAACCGUCUUCUUCCCGGGGCACUGCGCACCUGCCCCCGGGGAUGCCGAAGGAAGUGGCCCAUAAAGCUUCUCUGCAACCGAAAGAGGCCUGAAGCUCCAGGAGGGCCGAGAGGAGCCCCCUUGAGCGAACCCAGCCUCUGCCUGGCUGGCCCUGGUCAACAGGCUCGGAAGAGUCCGAUUUGGAGGACAGAGCGGAAGAAAAGACCUAAAGGUUUCCAAUCUCAUGAUGUGGAGAUGUUAAAAACCUCCAAUCCUAAGGUCCGACUGUGCGGAGGAGCGAGGGGGUCUCAAGCUGGAUCGACCCCUGAGCCUUCAUCUGGAGAGUCCUCUCCACAAGCUCAGAGAGCAGGACAACGCGCAUCAGUGGUUCUCAAAAGGGGGCAACUUCGCCCUUACACUCCUCUCCCAUCCUUGCUGGGACACUAGGUCACGACUAGGGGAAGCGGGGAGGGAGAAUGUUAACCCCCUGGCAUCUAUCUAGUCAGCGGAGGCGACGGAUGCUGCUAAACGCCUUACAAUCCACCGGAGGGCCCCUCCCCUACCCCGAAGUAGCCAUUCCGCAGAGGUGGAGAGACUCGCGUGAAGCUCAAUGCCCACGCACUUAGCAGACGGGAAAUCACGAAUUGAUGACCAGUUGGCUCUUGGAUCGGAGGAAAACACUCCAGCGUCAGACGGAACUCUGGAAGUUUUGCCCGGAGCAAACAGAAGGGUGGUGUUGCCAUCGCCUAAGAUGGGAAAAUGGCAGGUGUCACAGGUGGCAGGGGAAGGUCAGAGACCAGCUGAGGGCCCCGGAGCCUUCCUGGAAAGAGUUUCCCAUCCAGCCCGUCUCGGUUCCGCAUCCGUCUGAUUCCUUAUGAUGUUGAGGGUGCUGGCGUCUGGGUCCCUUGUGAUGCAGAGGGUGCCCCCGUCUCACCCCGGGCGCCUCCCGUCUCCCGCCUCCUCCUGGCAACCUGGUGCGCGGCUCCGGACCUGGCGACCCACGACCGGCUGGUCACUUGCUGCCGCCUCGCAAAGGCGCAUCUCUAGUUCAGUGGUGAGCUGCGGCCGGGUCGCUGCAACUCGCUCCAGGACUCGGGAUUCGGUGUCCCUCACGGAGCCCUCGGUGUGUCGCCUGCAGGCUCUUUUUUUGAAGAAAGCAGGGAGGGAAUGGCCUUGUGAGAGACUCCAGGAGCAAAGAGCGACCCUCAAAAGGCCCAAGUCCUUCCAGAGCUCAGGGAAAGUGUCGCUUCUGGCCGAAGAAAGGAGAGAAAGCUCCCUCCCGUGUGUCCCUGGUGGUCUAGUGGCUAGGAUUCGGCGCUUUCACCGCCGCGGCCCGGGUUCGAUUCCCGGUCAGGGAAUUGUUUUGCACUGGCCGCCCUCCCGCAGGAAUCUUCCUUCACUAGGCUGUCAGCCGGCCUGCUCCAAGGGCCAGAGGCAGAACAGUCUCCGCAGCGAGGGGCAAAGCCGGGCGAAGGAGGGCAAGUCCUGGUGGACCACCUCUCAGGACACACCGCUCCUGUUUAUCUCCGUGUCCCUCAUCCGCGGAAGCGGCUUUAGAGAACGACUGAGCGUCUCGCUCAGGUGUACACAGCCGUGCAGAGAUGCCAGCCCCCGUGGAGCUGCACCCAAAAAGUUCACCCUCUUUCCGUCGCCACUUCGGAGGCGCCUAUCGGGCUGAGCUGCGAAUAACUAAGAGAGAGGCCAAGCCAAGUCAUGGCGUUUGUGCCAGCCCCGGACACGGGCACCGGCUAGUCAGCGGAGCCUCCUCACCUCCGUUGGCAGCUAACGCGCUCGUUAGCCCUUCGGAAGAGGCGACCGGAGGCGAUGCCAGCGAAUUUGUUAGGGGGUGAGCGGCGGGUGAGGUCCUCGAGGGCGGUCCCGUUUGCUGAUUGAGCGGUAGAGGGAGGCGAUGUUCGCUGACACAACAAGGACAGCAGGUGGAGGAGGCACAGACGGAAAACUACUGCCGUGCCCUAAGCAGAAGGCAGGUGUAAAAAUCAGCACUAAGACGUCAAAGCGAUGGUACCACAGUGAAAUCCCACGAUGUCUACACUCAACCGAGCACUUGAGCACGCUCCCCCUUUUCCAUUCAGUACUCCCAGGAGGGGUUCGGAAGAACCCCGAGUCCACUGUAAGCUCAGGGGACAGCGGGAGCCAGGGAGGUGAAGUGCACAGAGGCAGCGGGCAGAACCGCGGGGGCAAGCUGAGGGGAGUCUCUAGUAUUCUUCUCUGAGAAGAAGAAUUCAUUAUACAGCUGGACAAUGAAAUCUAUGAUCUGCCUGUAGAAGUUAGAGGUGCAUCCUGUUCCAGGAAAUAAUUACAAUUUAGGCAAGUUAUAUAUGUUUGCUUAAGAGAAUGCUUUCUGCACAUUUCAUGUUCUUCCUUUCUAUCUUAGCCUAGGGAGAAAACCGUGGGGACUCAGGGCUGGAACUUUACUGUGAUGGGGCAGAAGCUUAAUUUUCACAUGAUUCUCA